AUGUCUCUCACAUCCCGACACCCGCUCCGCAAGAGCUGCAGCUUCUGCCGCGCACGCAAGAUCAAGUGCAGCAACGAGACCAUCUGCGAAGCCUGCCGCAAGCAAAAUGUCGACUGCGUCUACGACUGGGACUCGCGGCCGCCAAAGACCCGCACCGUAUCCCAAGACAUGAGCAGAAACAACAGCACCGGCGGCGACAGCACCGGCGUCCCUGUACAACAGCGCCAGCGAGCCUCAACGGGUGGUUCGCCGCAUUCCACGACCAUUAUGGAGGAGCCUGCACAGAUGGAGGGUACCGGUGGUGCGGCGCCCGUGGCCCUCAUGGGCGGCGGCGAAGACGUGGCUACCAUGCUCAACAGCAUGUUUAUCGAAAACUUCGGCGAGAACCCGACGCCUGGACCCAAGUCGAACCCGUGGCAGGAGAGGAUAUCGGCGUACAACCAGACUCUGCGCUUGACUUUACAAGAUCGUAGCGAGAAUGUUGUCAACUCGAAGUUUAGUCAUCGGGAUGUCAAGUACACCGGCAUCUUGCAGCUUCUCACUCACGACUUAGUCGGUCUUGUAGUUGAUAAGUUUGGCGGGUUGGGAUCCAUCUUCAUGGAACAGGGCGGCGGUAGAUUCUAUCUCACAGGACUCGCGAGCGACGCCACACCAUCAAUGUUCGAUACAACACCGACAGGACCGAGCCCCUUGACCGACUACGGCACUCGACAGAUUGGACAGCUGGUCGACGUGUGGUACAGCGUCCACCCUCUCUCCUUCCUCGUUUCCAAGACCCUUCUUCUUCGCGAACUGAGAGACGGCACACACGACGAGGUCCUUCUGGCAGUGAUCCUCGCCGACGCCUCCUUCUCUCUCGGCGACGAAGUUGCCAUGGCACGAGGACACGUCCUCCUCCGAUGGGCCUCAGCCCAACUCCAGAACCGACCCAUCUCAACCCGGGUCAGCCAACCGGGCAUGCCCGGCGCCGGCAUCUCUCUCCCCGGCAUCAGCACGGCACAGGUCCUCAUGCUCCUGGGCUGGAACAGCCUCUGUCAAGGGCAGAUCAAGCGCGCCACGUGCUACAUCGGUCUCUCCGGCCGCCUGGCGACCGAGAUCAAGGACACCAUCUCGGCUUCCUCGGCGCCCCUGACGACGAGCCGCAUCAACGGCAUCGACGUCUGCGAGGUCGAAAAGGAGAUCGUCGCCUACCUCUACUGGACGACCUACACCCUCACCCUCUGGACCUUUUUGCAAAUGGGCACCCACUUCUCGCAGCUCCUCCCAACGAGCCUCACCUCCAUCUUCCUUCCCGUCGACGAGACCUCGUCCGUGCUGAUGCGCCUGGACGAGGUCUCAGACAACUUCUCCACGCUGCAGAAGCAGAAGAGCAUGAUCAAGGAGAUGUGGCCUCUCGCCCACAUCGCCUCCAUCACGGCCUACAUCUUCGCCCUCUACCCGCAGGAGCCCGACCCCAACGAGACGGUUAGCACCAACUUCUGGCAGGAGGCGCCCCUGCUCGCACUCCAGCGCAUCCAGCAGGGCAGCACGCCCCAGGACAUGGAGUGCGUCUGCCGCGAGGUCUACCGUGUCCUGAUGGAGAGCAUCCACCUCCUCAACCGCCAGGUUGCCCACGCGCCCUCCCGCUCCCUCGUGCUGUCAGUGUACCACACCAUGGCCAUCCACCUCCUCUUCCCGGCCAUCCUCCCCGGCGCCCCGCCUCCGGCAGAGCCCUUUUCCCUCACGGCCGAGACCGUCGAGCGCUUCAUCGGCUCAGCGCAGGAGCUCGUGGGAAUCAUGCUUCAGAUCGCGGAGCAGACAUCGCAAGAAGGCCCCGUCAUCAUGCCCGCACAAAGCAAAAACUCUUUCCCCGACGUCUUCUGCCUGGCACUAGACACCUGCGCCCGUGGCCUCUCCUUCAUCUACGCGCAAAAGCAAGCCGGCGUCCUCAACAUGGAGCCGCAAAUGAUUGCCGUCUACGAAGGCCGCCUCGAAGCCCUGGCAUCCCGCCUCCUAGGUAUCGCGGCCUCCGACUUCCUCUCCCCCGGCGGUCAGGUCCGCGCCAUCAAGAAGCACCUCAAGGCCGUCAUGCGCGCGUUCGGCGGCAACGUUAGCAGAAGCAGCAGCAAGAGCAACAGGAACAGCACGGGGAGCGGCAUGAGCAUCCCGAUCAGCAUCAGCCACCACGCGCGCUCCGACUCGUACGCAUCUUCCUCGUCCACCACGACGCACUCCAUGUCGCGCCGCAACUCCUCCCUCCCGCAUACCCCGCCCCAGCAUCACCACGACCACCCGUUCUCGGGGGCCCCGACGGCCGUGGACUCGGCCUCGUCCUUCAUCAGCCCCAUGGACACGUCCAUGAUGCCGUCCGUCUCGUCGUCUUCGUCCGCGGACGACUCCAUGACCUCGACGAGCGAGCUCGCGACCCCGUUCAACCCUUUCAGCCCCGGAGACAGCCACAGUCACAACAAGCACCAACAGCAACAGCAACAGCAUGACUGGCGCGCCGCAGACGAGCUGUUCGCUCACGUCAUGGACCCCGCGGCGUUGGGGGCCCCGACGGGGGAUCACCACCUCACGCUCGCGGACCUGGUGGACUGCCAGGCUGGCGCGGCGGGUUGGUUCCCUGACCACAGCGGCGGGCAGAUGCUCGUCGACUUUGACAUGGGGGCGGCGGCCAACUGGGAGUGGCCGUCUGUGAACGACAUGGGUGGUGGUGGCGGCGGUCACGAUGCGGGGAUGACUGCGGCAGCGGCCGCGGUGGGGAGCGACAUGGACGCCAUGUUUUACAACUAUUUCAAGAAAUGA